UUCCUGACAGAGCUUACCAGACUCUUUCAAAAGUGCAGAACUUCGGGGAGCGUUUUCAUAACGCUGAAGAAAUAUGAUGGCCGAACAAAACCAGUCCCACGCAAAGGCCACGUAGAAAGUUUUGAACCAGCAGACAAUAAGUGUCUUCUAAGAGCAACUGAUGGAAAGAAAAAAAUUAGCACAGUGGUGAGCUCAAAGGAAGUAAAUAAAUUCCAGAUGGCAUAUUCAAAUUUGCUGAGAGCCAACAUGGAUGGCUUGAAGAAAAAAGACAAGAAAAGCAAAACCAAGAAGAGUAAAGCAACACAGUGACGGAACAGCGUCCUACCAUCACUGUAACAGACUUGACCCUUGCUCAAAGCAAAGUCCAUUUCUUUUUGAAUUACCACUUGUCUUUGGCUUUCCUUCCAGCAGGAUACUGGGGUGCGAUCGGUACUUUUGUUUAAACUGGGAGCAGAAGGUGCUUUCUAUGGAUUGUUGUAUGGCAGGAGUAUUUACAGGCUUAUACUGAAAUAGCUUUACACUCGGCUGCCAACUAGUUGUGUACUUCCACUGCUGUUUGUUUUGUAUUAUACAAGCGGGCAGUGUAAAACCUGUUUGGGAGGGUCACACAGGGUGAAGAAGAGAAAUGCACCAUACCAGGAGCAAAAUAAGACUGGAGCAGGCGUCUCAGUGACAGAUGCCCAGUUUUAUAGGUAAACCUCAGUAGUACUAGGGAAAGUGGGUGCCAACACAUUAUUAAGAACAGCAGCUUUCCUGUUUCUGUCUUAUUUUGAGGGACAUGUCUACAUGAUGCAGUGCAGAUACCCCUACGGCAGCCAGCACAGUGCUUGAGCUGUUGCAGAGUCAGGCAGCUGUGCCUGUGCUCUGUGCUGAUCCA